UGAGCUCUUUCUCCUCCCGUCUUCGUGGUUAAAGGCAGAGAGGAAGGAAGGAAGAGGAGAUAGAACAAGUGCUACCGUGAUAGCGAGAGACACAGAGAGAGAGAGAGAGAGAGAAAGAGAGGAGGGAGCUCGGAAGAGAGAUGGGGAGGGGGAAGAUAGAGAUCAAGAAGAUCGAGAACCCAACCAACAGGCAGGUGACGUAUUCAAAGAGGAGAACGGGGAUCAUGAAAAAGGCCAAGGAGCUGACCGUGCUGUGCGACGCAGAAGUGUCCAUCAUCAUGUUCUCCAGCACCGGCAAGUUCUCCGAGUACUGCAGCCCGACCGCCGACACCAAGAAGAUGUACGAUCGCUACCAGCAAGUUACCGGGAUCAACCUGUGGAGUACGCAGUAUGAGAAAAUGCAAAAUCAUCUCAGCCAUCUGAAGGAGAUCAACAGGAACCUCCGCAGAGACAUAAGGCAAAGGAUGGGCGAAGGCUUGGAUGGACUGGACAUGAAGGAACUGCGCGGUCUUGAGCAAAAUCUGGAUGAAGCUUUGAAAGUUGUGCGUGACAGAAAGUAUCACUUGAUCGCAACUCAGACAGACACCUACAAGAAGAAGCUGAAGAGCGCCCACGAAGCACACAGGAACCUUCUGCAAGAAGUGGAGAUGAUGAAAGACGAGCAGGCUGCUUGUGGAUUCGCCGACGACGACCCCGGCAACCACGACGGCACGCUUGUGCUCACCGGCGGCGGGUCUCACAUGUACGCUAUCCGCGUCCAGCCCAACCAGCCAAACCUGCAAGGGAUUGCCUACGGGUCUUACGAUCUGCGCCUCGCUUAGGUUUGCAUGCAGGCUUAGCAAGUCAAGCUAGAAGAAGAAGAAGAAGUGAUGUUUCUGCUAUCACAGUCAGUAGUUAUCCCUGCAGUGUCUUGCAGAUGUUGUCUUCCUCAUGUUACGCAAAUAUGUAUGGAACUCGUCAUCGUCUUUAUGUAUGUGACAUAAUGUAAGACCUUAUCUAAAUGCAUGUUUUUAUGUAGGGUGAUAUUGGUUG